AUGAGUGGCUCCAACGAACCAUAUCCUGGUUCUCAUCCACAACAAACACCACAGCAGUCAUCAGUCUUCACCCACAUCGCGCGCCAACCAUCAUGGAAUGGCUCUGUCGAAGACAGUCCGAGCCAGCUGAAGGAUCCGCAACAUUCAAGGAAAAGAUCUGCCGACCAUUUGCCCUCGGAACCUCAUGUUGCGCGUAAAGGUCGCGCUUGUCUGGCUUGUCGAAAGCUGAAGGUCAAGUGCGACAGCCUGGAACGAGGCGAUGCUGGCUGCUCGCGAUGCCAGAGGUUAAGCUUGGAGUGCGUCACCAGCAAGCGGAUGCGGGUCAGUCUGGAGGAUGAAAAUGAAAACCCCCAUCCGUCAAUUGUGCGCCUGGACCGAGCGGUGGAGGAGAUACUGUCCCGACUCAAAAUGCCACCGCUGGACACAUACAGCUUAAUCGGCACAUCCGAACCCCGACCGUCAGGAGCACCACUACUUCAACCACCGACAUCACAACCAGGAACCAACAUCCCCGACACAGCAGCACAAACAACACGAGAGAACUCGCGCGACCCAAACCCGGAAGGCCAAGGCGAACACGAAAUGGCACCAGCGCCAAUGGGCUCACUAUACGAAGUAACGCAACUCAACACGCUGCGGUCACGGCUGAAAUACGGAGACCUGGCGCGGCGCAACUCGAAGAAAAACAUGGAAGCGGACCUGAUCGCCCUGGGGAUUGUCACCAUCGCCGAAGCGGAGGAGAUGCUCUCGCUGUUCAAAACCAGCCUGUCGCGGUAUCUGUACGACGCGACGAUCCAGGCGUCGCGCACGCUCCUCUCGGUGCGCGAAUCAUCCACCCUGUUCUUCACCGCCAUCAUCACCGUGACGUCGCUGCACAUCCCGGGCAAAGAGCAGAUCCACGAGCAGUCGGCCAAGCACCUGCGGGAGCUGAUCGCGACGUCGUUUUUCGACCGCUUCCACACGCUCGAGGACAUUCGGGCGCUGUGCAUCGCCGCCUUCUGGCUGCCGGACCUGAGCUGGAAGCUGUCGGGCCACUGCGUGCGCAUCGCGACCGAGCUGAACCUGCACCAGGCCUUCUACAAGGCCCUGUUCUCCCAGAAGCAGACCUCCUCGGAGCGCCAACAUGCCUUUGAGCGCGCCCGCCUCUGGUAUCUCCUGUAUGUCCUUGACCACCACUUCAGCAUCGCCUAUGGCAGGCCCCCCGUCACGGCCGAGUUGCAGGCCAUCAAGGAGUAUGAGGUGUUCCUCAAUGCCCCCGAGUGCACGCCCAGUGACCGCCGCGUCUUGUCGCAGGUCACCCUGUUCAUUAUUCUCAGUAAGGCGUAUAACCACUUUGGGUUGGAAGCGGAGCGGCUGAUGGAAGGGGAUGACGCUACGUUGCUCACACAUCAACGCUUCAUUGAGGAUUUGGAUCGCUGGAGGUAUCAGUUCAGACAUGCUCUGUUGAGAGAUCCUCAUGUCGGGGAUUACCCUGCUGUCGGUAAGUGUGAUCGAGUGCUUGAUGCUUAUGAUCGAAGACUGACGAAAAGUUUUGUUGUAGGCGUGGAGCUGCAUUAUCAUUUUGCAUCCAUGAUGCUGAACUCUCUGGCACUACGAGGAAGAUCGCUGUUCACCAUCUCGUCAACAUCCACACUUCCAACUUCGCUAAGGGCCCUCGCCUCUCACGCCAUUACCUCUGCACAUCAAAUCCUGAUUAUUGUCCUUGAGGAGCAGAAUGUUCGAGACAGUAUGGUUGGUGUACCUCUAUACCUUCACACCGUCAUCGCCUUUGCAGUGGUAUUCUUGAUCAAAAUGUCGAGUCGAUGGAUGAGCAUUGGUGUCAGCAUUGACCCUGAAACCAGAACGAAGCCUCUGAUCGAGGGGAUCAUUGCACUCUUUCGUGGUUGCAGAGCUGGCAAAGCACAUAUCCUGUACAGCAUGGCUGACGGUUUCGAGAGGUUGCUGAUGCGAAACUUGGCCAAUGGUAAGCGCUCAAUAGCACCGGGGGGUCUCUCAGUGAAUGGUCUGUCUCAAAAUCAAAUCAACACUGAUGCUACAGGCAAACUUCUCCCGAGCGCCAAUUUCCCACAGCGAGGUUCGGCUCAAAGCCAAUCCCAGCCAUUGCAACAUGCACAACCAUCGACCCCGGAUUUCUUUCGACACGAUACCAACGCGAAUUUACUCCAACAUCAAACAGCUUCCACCCCACCGUUCGCGCAUCCAAACGGCGCAAAUUAUGACCCAUUCGCGAUCUCACCACAUAGUCAAUCAGCAUCGGCAGGCACCUUUGGAGGUUGGCAGACUGAAGAUGAUAUGCUCUGGUCCAUGUCCAUGGGUUAUGACCUAUUAGCCACCGCACCCGAUGUGAAUGCACACGGAUUGAGCUCAAUCAUUGGCUGGAAUGGGACCGACAGAGGCAGUACAGGCUUUGGAGGCCUUUGA